UUGGAUGAGAUCAGUCGCAGGGUGAAUUGUUUACUUCAUGUGUUGUGUUUCCAAGUUGUCAUAAUACAAAUUUAGAUUAGGAAAAAUUAUUAUUCUCUAUAAUGCUAUUGGAAAAAUUAUUGCUUUGUAUAUAAAGAAGUUGAUCGAGUUCGUUUGUUUGCAUCCAAAUAUGGCAUCCGGCAGAGACAAAGAUGGUUUUCCAGCAAAUGUUACGAUUUUGCAAUAUUUACUUGAAAACGAUACUACAGCAGGGAGCUGCAAAAAGUCGGGCGUUGGUUCUAGUGUGAACACAAAAUUGGUUGAUAAAUCAGUUGAACAAACAGGCACUGUUGAAAAAAAAGAAACAGAGUUGAGAGUUUAUGAAUGUGCAACCAACGGAUGCCAGAAGCACUAUCUACAACUAGAGCAUUUGAAGGCACACGAGAAAAUUCAUUCCGGCGAUUUGGUCUGCAAGUGGGAAUCGCAGCCGGAUAAAAGCGAACAGGAAGAGCCGACUGGGAGUGGUUUAAAAUUUUUGCUGCAAAAUGAAAGUGUUGAAUUGGUUUAUGGAGAACCCGAUGAGACUAAAGAAACAUCAGAUUUGAAGAGGGACGCUGAAAGCUGUCAUGGAAAUGAUUUCGAACAGGAUUAUACGGAGGAACAAACAAAUAAUGUGACUUGCGACCAUCACAAUCGGACGACCAAUCACAAGUUUGUAAUAGAGACAGUUGCCGAGAGUCCAACGAAAUUGAAAUCACCGCCAUCGGAACUGUCUGCUUUGAAACGCCCUAUCGAAUUCAAAAGAAUGCGUAAAUCAAAGCCGUCAACAUUGGGGAUGGCUCGAAAUCAUCGUUGUACCUUUGCCGGCUGUGAUAAAAGCUACACACAAGCUAGCCAUUUGAAGGCGCACGAGAUUCUACACGGAGGUACGUUUCCAUUCCGAUGUCCCUGGGAGGAUUGUGAUCGAUCGUUUGCUCGUUCGUUUGAAUUGUCUCGACACAGACGACAACAUAUGGGAGAGAAAAAAUUCGUGUGCCAUCUCUGCGGGCAGGCAUUCAUGAGAAGCGAUUAUCUGUCGAUGCACGUGAAACGGCACAACAACGCAUGGUCGCACGAGGAAAAUCACUCCGGCGAAUUGAUCUGCGAGGGGGAGUCUCAGAAGGAGGAAUGCGAACAGGAAGAGCCGACUGGGAGCGGUUUAAAGUUUUUGCUACUGAAUGAAAAUGUUGAAUUGGUUCAUGAAGAACACGACGAAUAUAAAGAAACAUCAAAUUCGGAGAGAAAUACUGAAAGCUGCCAUGAAAGUGAUUCCGAACAAAGUUAUACGGAGGAACAAAUAAGUAAUGUGACGGACGACCAUAUCCAAUUUAUUGAUGAAGAAUCAGAAAAUCAAGAGCAAUCGGAAGAUCCACGACAUUUGAUUCAGGUUUUCGAUGCAGACAUUCACUUAGAAAAGAAUCUCAUAGUUUUGGAAGAGGAUCCAGAUGUUUAUCUCCAAAUAUGUAUGAACGAGGACCAACCUAUGAAAACAACGUCCACCAAAGUACGUAAAUUCCCCUGUCCAUGGGAAGGUUGCGGACGAACUUACACGAAAUCGUCGCAUGUUACAGCUCACAUGCGAGUGCAUACCGGUGAACUACCCUUCGUGUGCAGUUGGGACGGUUGCAAUAGUCGUUUUGCACGAUCGGAAUCUUUAACGCGACAUUAUCGAAAGCAUUCGGGAGAACGUAAUUUUCUCUGCCCGGAGUGUGCGGCAAGCUUUGGGAGAAGCGACCAUCUGCGUGGUCAUAUGAAACGACACAAUAUUACCAAGUUUGUAAUAGACAAAGUAGUCAAAACUCCGGAUAAAUCGAAACCGUCAUCUUCGAAACUAUCCGCCUUCAAUCAUGCCAGCAAACCCAGAAGAUGGCGGAAACCAAAGGCGCCAACAGUGGGAAUGGCUCGAAAUCAUCGCUGCACCUUUGCAGGCUGUGAUAAAAGUUACACACAAGCUAGCCACUUGAAAGCACACGAGAUUCUACACGGAAAUACAUUUCCCUUCCGAUGUCCCUGGGAGGAUUGUGAUCGAUCAUUUGCUCGUUCAUUUGAAUUAUCUCGACACAGACGACAACAUAUGGGGGAGAAAAAAUUCGUCUGUCACAUAUGUGCACAGGCAUUCAUGAGGAGCGAUCAUCUGUCGAUGCACGUGAAACGGCAUAACUUCGGAGCGCAUCAGGAUGAUUUCUAAAGCAACGGUUUCGAUUAAUUUAGACAAAUGAUAAUGCUCAAUAAGAGUGAACACGUUUAUGUAUUGCUCCAUACCCACGAAAUCAAAUUUGCGAAAUGGUUUCGCUUUUAUUUUUCUGUUGAUCUAUCGUUAUUUAUUUCAUAUGUAAAGAGAUAUGUAAAACAUUUUAUAUUAAAGAAAACAACCAAAAAUGAA